AACACACACAGAAACACAGGCUGAAGAUGAAGAGAAGUUCCCAAUGGUGACAGAAGACGGCCUGUCAGAGAGAUAUGACUGGAACCAGCUAAGACCAGUGUCUUUGAUUCAAACCCAGGAGCCAAAGCGGUCCAGUAAAAUUUCAUGGUCAACUGUGUGAAAUGCUGCACUGAGAUCUAACAGAAUUAUAAUGUAGUUUUCACCUUUGUCUGCUGCUAAGAGGAGGUCAUUGGUUAAGACCUGUUCCUGUGCUAUGUCCUGUUCUAAAACCAGAUCGGAAUUUCCCAAAGUGUAUUUGAUGCCAGGACAAAUGUUUUAAUUGAAUUGAACGCAGCCAUGUCAGAUGAGAUAUCCACUGAAGAACAAUAUGUCACAUGAAUGCAUGGAAGGAGAGCUAAUAGAAUGGGGUGAGGUUUUUUUUUUUUACCAUGUGAGAGUGUAGCAAAAAUGAAUAAUGUCUGAGGAAACUCAGAUAUGUACUUCAACUACCAAAAACAUCCAAAGGUGAUUCUUUUUCUGAGAGAACAUUUCCAAACCCCUUAGCAAGAUUUUAUUUUACUUUACCCAUUCUUUCAAUGAUUUUGAAAACUUCUAUCACGAUCUCAGUGGACGAGCCCCUUGAGAAAGGUUUCCAGAGGAUUAAAAAAAUCUUAUGAAAAUAAGUUCCUCACUCAAUGAUUCCGGUAUCUCACAAUGUAAUUUGUUCUUAUGAGAAUCCUUCUUGGUCCUGCGGCCCCUCCUGCUCACACAGAGCGGAGCACACACUGAUCAGUAUUACUCAAUAUAUAUUCAGAUUGUUGAAUAUGUUUGACGGUUAUUUAAAAGGAUUUUAUAUACCCUGGUUAGUGACUUUUCACGUUUUCUGCACCAUGUUGCUACGUACUGCACUCAGACAAGCCAGACAUGGUUUUGCUGAAAGAAAUGGUCAUAAAGGAAAUGUGUGUAGCUUCUCAAUCAUUCUGGUUUAAUAUUUAAUCCAAAGAACAGGAAUCGAAAAAGCCAUUUCGGCAAAACAUUGUCAGAAUCUCUAGUCCGUUUGCUUUGUUCCUUCUUCAAGUCUUAGUUUGUUAGACCUGUUUGACAGCUUAUUGACAAAAUAUAUAUAUAUAUAUUUUUUUUAAACUGUCCAAUUGGCUAUUUUUGUGUCAUCACUUUAUGGCAUGACAUUAAUCAUCUCCGGUACUUUUUGGUCACUUCCUCAUACCGCGUCACACACCUGUGAAACUUGAAAGAAACAAACCAACCAGACGAUCGGAGGGAGACAAAACUGUCAUUCGCAGUCAAGCAUUGAAGCACCAUGUCUUACUGGCCGUGUCUGUUGGUGCUGCUCUUCAGCGGCUGUGAGGCUUCUCACUUCCUUGGCACUGUGAUGACCUAUUAUCCCAAAGCCGCAGAGAAUGGAUCUUUCACAGUGGUCCUUCGCUACAAAACAAACUUCAUCAGAUGUUUCGACAGUUUGGAUCUCUUCUGGACUUGUCGCAGCGGAGAUUGUGGAAACUCAGUCGUGCUUCUGAACACCGUGGACGCUGAAUUAAGCAAUGAAUGGUGUCAGUUUGAAGGAAUCAUGACUCGAGUGGUUCCCAGCAACAAUCCAUUCCAGCUGCAGAUUAAUAGUGGGAACUGGAUAGACAACAUCUUCAAUAUAUUUGCCUGGAGAGCUGUAACUCUCGUGGAACUCCGGACCAGAUCAGACACUGGGCAGGCCAACAGAUCUCCUCAGACCACAAACAUACCAGCAAUCCGAGUUCCUUCAAACUGUCCGAGAAACCUCGACUUCCUGGCUUUCGAUCCUGACGGUGAUAGAGUCGAAUGCAGAUAUGGCCUCUCCUCAGCUGGGGAAUGUAGCCAAUGCACACGUCUCCCUAGUGUCAGACUGUCACCAUCGUGUUCCCUGUUUUACCUGCCAAACACCAACUCUUCUGUGGGUGCAUACCCAGUCCAGUUAGUGAUGGAGGACUUUCCAAGAGUGGCUGUGAACCUUUCUUCAACCUCAGGCAGCCAAACAUUCACGAACACCACCAGAAUCAGCAAGAUACCAUUCCAGUUCAUUCUAAGGGUUGAUCCAGCAGUUCCAGACUGCACCCAGGGUCUGUACCUUCCUGAGUUUCUUCCCCCGACUCCAGCCAACAGAGCUUCCCUGCACACCUCCUUCAACCAGUCAAUAGAAAUCCUCAUCAGCGCUCAUGCAAAUAUCUCAAGUGUUUCGGAGCUUCUGUUUAGUGGGCCUCACAACGCAGUUCAGGCCCGAAGAGGCCCAGAACUCUUCGCCGUGACGUGGACACCAUCAGAGGAGGAAGAUGGACAAAGUCAUCCCUUUUGCUUUAUCGUCCAGGCGACUCACAAUUCAACCAAGUAUCACUCAGAUCUGAGGUGCGUGGUAGUGACCGUGGGAGAAGCGCCAGACACUACAACCACACCAGCGACUCCAUCAACAUUGUUUAGCUCUACAACAUUACAUACAUCUACACCAACAUUUACAUCAACAUCGUUUAGCACUGCAACGGAAAUAAUCACCACCACCACUCCGCCAACUCCAUUUACACCUCCUCGCUUUGUUGUUGCUCUGAGGCUGAAGGGUCGAGCGUUGACUGAAGUCACACCUGACAACCUCGAUGCUCUGGUGACACAGCCGAUGAGGGAUCAACUGGCAGUGUUGGGUGUGGCAAACUUUACUCUCCGGCUCGUUGGACGUACAUAGCUGGUGGAGAUACCACUGGACUGCCGAGGUGGAUCUAUGCUCUUGACAGUGAAGUGAAGUGCAAAGUGGUUUAGUGCUUGGUACAUUUUCACGUUUCAUGUUUCCAGUGUGUUUCAUCAACCUCUGUCUUGUGUAAUAUUUCUUUGUUAUUUGCACCUUGCUGUCUAAAACAUGGCAGCUGGCAUGUAGUUUCUUCUUUGUUUGAUUUAAUUAUUUGCUCAUCCAAGGAUUUUCUCAUACCUGGUAUGGAAACAUUGAUUUUAGAGAAAUUACUCAUUACUUAAGUGUUUUCACCCAAUAAUGUACAAAAUAAAUGCUGGGAAAACAAAUCACUUUACUGU